GUGUUUACGUCUGUACGUAGAGCGCCGCAUGGAGGACGGGUCACCUGUUACCACUGUUCUGAAUUACAUCAGUAUCCAAGCAAAGCACUCAUACAUGUAUUUUACAGAACGGCAUUCAACAGAAAAUGCAAAAGAGAUUUUAAAAGCAGCAGAAAUGUCAGUAGUGAGCGCACUGCCUUUCCUGAAGCCUAUCCACAUGAGAGCUCCGAUCUCCCCUGGCCGCCAGCGCCGGCACACGCUCCCCGCCAGCGAGUUCCGCUCGCUCAAUACUGAGGACGCCAUCAGUGUGUUCGAAAUAGAGAGAGAGGCUUUUAUAUCUGUGUCUGGGGAAUGUCCUCUUCAUCUGGAUGAGGUCCGACACUUCCUCACCCUCUGUCCUGAGCUUUCUUUGGGCUGGUUUGAACAGGGGAGGCUUGUUGCUUUUAUCAUUGGAUCACUCUGGGACCAGGACCGUCUUACCAAUGAUGCACUGACCCUUCAUAAGCCUCAUGGGACUACUGUCCACAUCCAUGUGCUGGCAGUCCACCGGACAUUCCGCCAGCAGGGAAAAGGAUCCAUCCUCUUGUGGCGUUACUUGCAGUAUCUGCGCUGUCUACCAUAUGUCCGCCGUGCCGUGCUCAUGUGUGAGGACUUCCUGGUGCCCUUCUACCAGAAGUCUGGCUUUAAAGGGCAGGGUCCUUCUGAAAUCACUGUAGGGCCACUUACCUUCAUCGAGAUGUAUUAUCCUGUACGGGGACAUGCAUUCAUGCGGCGUAACAGUGGCUGUUAAGGGAUCACUAGUCGUGUAUCAUUUUGGAUCCCCAAAAGGCCAACGUGUGAAGCAGUUGGUGUGUUGAAGCAGCUUUUGGUUUUGGUCUAGAUAUUGUGUAGUUAUAUUUGUGUCCACUUUUGUAAGACUUUGGUCAGUUUAGCAAAGAUGGUUAAAAACAUUUUUUUUUUUAAAGAAAAGAAAAAGGGAACAAACUUUAUCCCACCCUUUUACCUAACCUAACAGUGAUGGCUGAUAUUUAUUAUUAUUAUUUUAAUUCAUCAUGUCUUUUUCCUCAAAGUCAGGUUAUCUAAUAGACUAGGUUUAUAUUUUUGUUUAUUUUGUAUGGUAUUUGUUAUUAUGCAUUUCCCUAUUUUUUUUUUUUUUUUAUUACUCAUGCACAUUUUUAAUUCAUGAUAGAUUUUCUGUUGUGAGAUCAGAGGUCAAGCCUGGAAAGAUAAGGCAGUGGUUCAGCUAUAAACCUACUUUGGGCUAGUUUUUGUGUUCAGUGACUUGUGGGUGCUUUAGAUGUUUGUCUAUUCAAUGGAAGCAUUAAAAUAGCAUCAACUGAA